AUGACCACAUACGAAAAGAUCGUUAAGGGCGCCACGAAAGUCAAGGUGGCGGCGCCCAAGCCAAAGUACAUCGAGCCUAUUCUCAUGGCCACGUCCAUGAAUCAUCUGGUGUCGCUGGAGAACUUCAACACCAUCAUGAGAACAUUGAGAACAAGGCUUCAGGACAGCUCGUGGCUGGUGGUAUACAAGGCGCUUAUUGUGAUCCAUAUAAUGAUCAGAGAAGGCGAUGGAGACGUGACGUUGGAUUACCUUUCGACACAAGCUCCAGGGAUGCUAAACUUGAGCCACUCUAAUAUCGCCAGGAUCCAGGGAAACAGCGACGUCAGGUUUAUCAUGCGCUACUCACGGUAUUUGCACACGCGAGUGAAGCUGUUUGGUGAGACUCACGUCGAUUACGUGAGGGACGAGAGAGUCAAAAACCUGACAGACCAGCAAGGUGGGCGGUUGAGAACGUUGCCGGUGGAAAAGGGCUUGAUACGGGAGCUGGAAGGCUUGCAGAAGCAGAUCGAUGCGCUUUUGAAGAACAGCUUCAUGGAAAACGAAAUAAAGAACGACAUUGUCUUGACGGCUUUCCGACUGUUGGUGAACGACCUUUUGGCGUUGUUCCAGGAACUCAACGAGGGAGUCAUCAACCUUUUGGAGCACUACUUCGAGAUGUCCCGCUUUGACGCAGAGAGAGCUUUAAAGGUGUACGUGAAGUUUGUGGAUCAGACUAAGUACGUUAUUGACUACUUGCGGGUUGCCAAGCACCUUGAAUACGCCACGGAGUUGCAUGUCCCUACAAUAAAGCAUGCGCCCACAGCAUUGACCUCGUCUUUGGAGGAGUAUCUCAACGAUCCUAAUUUCGAGGAGAACAGGCGCCGUUACAUCUUGGAAAAGAACCAGAAGGAUAAGCCUAAGGGCUCCGGCGAGGGAACUAAUAGAGAUCUCCAAAGCCAGGUGCGAGGCCAGGCUUCACAGGCUCUGCAGCAGCAACAGCAGCAGCAGCAGCAAGAACCCGCUCAGAACCAAGUUUUCGCUCCUGGGGCUCCGGUGCCAAAUAACGGCCAAUUUCAGCCACUUCAACACGACGUUGGCUUGCAGAGGUCGGGCACUCUUUUGGUGCAGCAAUCAACUUUUAAUCCAUGGGCUCAAAGUGUGGCCAGCCCCUCGCAGUACACCUUCAUUCCUCAACAAACCACGCAAAUCAAUCCAACUUUUACUGGAGUCGGUUUUGGUGGUUACGGUGCCCAACCACAAGCCACCGGCUCUAAUCCCUUCAUGCAAAACAACACAGCCAACUACAAUGGUCUGUUCCACCAAGCACAACCGGCGCAAAACCAGUUGCAACAGCAACAAACACAGACUUUCCCGCAGCAUAACUUACCACAAGUUCAACAGACUCAGCAGUUCCAGCCUCAGCAAUUCCAAGCUGCACCAACGGGACAGCAAAACCACGUCCAACAGGCUGUACAAGCUAAUAACAGGAACCCGUUCUCAGAGUUGGUCAGUAACCCUACUGGUCAGCCUGUGGCGGUCAAUUCUACCAACCCAUUUGGCAAUACAAGGUUCGCCAAUCCGCAGACUACACCAUACUCGUUUUCGCAGGAUAGAGACAAACGAGUCUCGGUGACGGCCACGGGAAGCAACCCUUUCAAGGUAUCACAAACCACAACAAAUGUAUUCGAUCAGGCAGAGAAGAACAAUCGGACGCAAGCGUUACAAAAACAACCGACCGCUGGCGGGUUGGAGAACUUGCCCACGAUCCCAGCAUUUCCUGAAACACAGCGUGAGCAAGUGAAAAACGCCUAUGUUCAGAAUGCCCAGGCGAACUUGAUACUGCAAGCUACUGGUCAACAAGGAUUCUCGGGACAAACUCAGCAAUACGGCCAACCACAUCUACAGCAUCAGCCGCAGAGUGUUCAGAAUACAUUUUUUCAGCAGCAAUUUCAACAGCAACAGCAGCAGCAGCAACAACAACAACAACAACAACAACAACAACAACAACAACAACAAUUACAACAAUUACAACAACAAUUACAACAAUUACAACAACAGCAGCAGCAGCAACAACAAUUACAACAACAACAACAACAACAGCAGCAGCAGCAGCAGCAGCAGCAGGCAUUUUACAGCGAACCCAGCUUAAUUUGA